CAUAGAAAAAAUAUCCCAAAAAAUAAAAAAAAAUGUUUGACCAAGUAGGGGAAAAGAAAAGAGAAAAAAAAAAAAAAAAAAAUCCAAAGUAGAAGAAAACUCCUCGAGAACCCCAAGGAUAACUAAACCAAUCCACAAGGCGGAGAGCAGAGAGCGCAGUGAAUCGAGACUCUCAAUCCCCCAAAAUCCAAGACCAGCACUACGAUGCCCGUCUUCAAAACCCCUUUCAACGGCUACUCUGUCAAAUUCAGCCCUUUUUACGAAUCCCGAGUCGCCGUAGCCACCGCCCAGAAUUUCGGUAUCCUCGGCAACGGUCGCCUCCACGUUCUCGACAUCUCUCCCACCCCCAAUUCUCCCCCAGUCGCCGAGCUCGCAGCUUACGACACCGCCGACGGCGUCUACGACGUCACUUGGUCGGAGUCCCACGAUUCCCUCCUCGUCGCCGCCAUCGCCGACGGGUCCGUCAAGCUUUACGACCUCGCUCUACCGCCCACCUCCAACCCAAUCCGUUCUCUCCAGGAGCACACCCGCGAGGUCCAGUCCACUGACUACAACCCGGUUCGUCGUGAUUCCUUCAUCACCUCCUCUUGGGACGACACCAUCAAGCUCUGGACUUUGGACCGGCCCACCAGCGUUCGGACUUUCAAAGAGCACGCCUAUUGCGUUUACUCCGCCGUCUGGAACCCACGCCACGCCGAUGUCUUCGCAUCGGCCUCUGGGGACUGCACCGUUCGCAUUUGGGAUGUACGCGAGCCGGGCUCAACCAUGAUCAUCCCGGCCCACGAAUUCGAGGUCUUGUCAUGCGAUUGGAAUAAGUACGACGAUUGCCGUCUCGCUACGGCUUCGGUGGACAAGUCGAUUAAGGUUUGGGAUGUGAGGAAUUACAGAAUACCAGUUACGGUGCUGAAUGGGCAUGGUUACGCGGUGAGGAAGGUGAAGUUCUCGCCGCACAGGCAGAGCUUGCUGAUUUCGUGUUCGUAUGAUAUGAUGGUUUGCUUGUGGGAUUACAUGGUGGAGGAUGCACUUGUGGGUCGGUACGAUCAUCACACCGAAUUCGCGGUCGGCGUCGAUAUGAGCGUGCUUGUUGAGGGUCUUCUUGCGAGUACCGGCUGGGACGAGCUCGUUUACGUCUGGCAGCAUGGGACUGACCCCAGAGCGCCUUGAAAGGAAAGUUGUUUUUGAUUGAUUUUUUUUUUUUUUUUUUUGAAGGGUGUUGUUGUUGUUGUUAAUUUGUUCUUCUAAUGAGAAAAGGUCUUCACAAUAGCACAAAUCAUGAAUUUGAUUUAAAUCUGUCACGAGCACUUUGUAACCGGCCAUUUUUUGGUUGUGAUUACUUGAAAUUUGAAUGUCCAUUUUUGUGAUGGAUCUUGAUGAAUAA